GCCUGGUUGGUUUUUAUUUGCAGGAUAACAUCAUCACGCUGUGGGAUACAGUGAUGUGUCCCACUGGUAAGGUAGAUACUGGGUAGUCACCAGAGCUAGUCUACCAGUGGCCGACCAUUUUAUCUCUCGUCUUCCUCCUGGGCGGGUUCACGUACAUGCUGGUCAAAGCUGUUCGGAUUCGACUCCAGCUUGAAACUGAGGACCAAGAGCAGCUAAUCCAGUGUCACCAGGCCAAGCAUGUACAGAGGUUGUUGAGGAGGAGCCCUAUUGACCGGAAACUGGAGACCAGUUGGUUCCAGAGGAGGGUCUAUGACUGGGAYCCCCACUUCAAGUUCCCUAACAGAAUGAUCGGCACAUCCAUCAUAUCCCUGAUUGGYUUAUACACGAUGACUUUGGCUGACUAUAGUCUCAGUGACUAUGCGUUUGAUAGAUUGGAUGUUCUGAAAGACCAACUGAAGAAGCUGGCUUUUUCCUGCAAUGAGACAGAGAUAUUUGUAGCCAUGAUCCCCCAAUUUGAGGAAUUCACUAACGUUGCCAGAAAGUCCUGGCUAGCCACAACCAUCUUUGCCAGCCUAACGUCUGUGUCAUACACAUUCCAUGUGUUAGCAUGUUACCGGAAACAUCUGAAGAGAUUGUGGGCUGGGGAGAAGAGCUUUCUUCCUGAGAAGUUCCAUAAUCCCAAUUCUGCAGUCAGUGUGGCUGCCAUCACAAGAUACUCCGGAUGGCAAAUAGCAUUUACUUUGUGGGGUUUUCUAAUUGUUCACUUUGUCCAGUUCGUCUUUGCGUUGCUCUUUACCUACGGAGUUGUCCUCCCCAUCCAAAAUGGAAGAGUGUUGGAAAUGUUGACCAACAUGGGAACCAUUCUUUUGACCAUAGGUAUCGUUAUAGGAUUGGUUAUACUACAGGUGSUGCUGGUCCAAGUGUUCUUCCUUCAGGACAAGAUCUCACCGUCAGACAGGAAGAAACCUCUGGCACUCAACAACAGGAAGGCGUUCCACAACUUCAACUACUUCUUCUUCUUCUACAACGUUGUGAUGGGCCUGAGUAACUGCAUCCUGCGUCUGCUGACCAGCUGUGUGGUGGGCACCUGGCUGGUGUCACGCAUCGACCGUACCAUCAUGCCGAGGGGAUACGAGUCCAUGGACCCUGGUUACAGCACUUGGAUCGGGAUGAUUUUUGCAGACCACUACCACAACAACCCUGUCAUGGUGUGUUUCUGCCAUCUUCUCCUGUCCAACACCAUGGCGAAACAACAGAGGACCACAGAGGCAGCAUCCUACUCCACGUUCAACAACACAUCUUCGCCAGAUUCAGCCCGUGGAAGCCGGGCCAGGCGGCGAUGGAUGCUCCUCUACACCCUGAUGAAGAACCCACGACUGAUCCUCCUGAGGAAGAACAGGACCUCCUCUAGUCCCACUGACCACCAGGACACUGUGGUCCAAGCCUGGCUGCUGGCCUCUCAGAUCGAACAGAUGGGACAGGCACCAGAGAUGACGGCCACAGCCGCUACAGUUACAUCAGAUCAGACGAUGACCAAUGGGCAGGCGUUAACUGACUGAUUCUGCUCAGGGUUUAUACAYGUGCAGCCUGAAAUAGUGUAGUACAAUACUAUGAUAUAACAUUUAGUAGACCUACACACAUUUCGAGGACACGUUUUGGCUCAUGAGUGCUACAUUUGAUACUACAGGCCAAUUCGUCUGUAGGCCAAGCUCUUACAAUGUAUUGUAUUGUAUGUGAUGAAUAAUAUGAUUAAUGUAUUGUAAAUUUGGGAAAUACCUACAUAAUUACUCCUACUGUGAAAGAUGACAGGACAAAUGGACACAGUUAUGCUUUUUACCUCAUAAUGGUCUGUUUGUUUUUAGUAGGCCACAUAGCCGCGGGAAGUAGAGGUGCUGAGGGUGCUGCAGCACUCCCUGAAAAAUCAUAAUAAAAAAAAAUAUACAGUA